ACACAGCACUUUAAAAUUUGAAGAUGAGUUUGCUGGGAGAAGAUAUUGUUUUCAUGUUGAUUCUUUAUCUUUGCAGUUCCCUGAACCUCAUAAGUCAUAACAAUAAUCAUGUUACAAGUUUUGCUGUGAUCUGUCCAGGUGGUUUGACUGCUGUGCAUCAGAAGUUAGCUCGUAAUGGUGAUCUCUGUAACAAAAGUCCUGCAUAUAUCAUGGCCACUGGCUGUUCUGAUGGCAGUUUAAAACUUUGGAGAUGUAAUUGCAGUAAAUUGUCAACUUCUUGCACACAAUUUCUUGCAAUAAUGGUUUAUGGUUCCUUGGAUAUCAUAUUCUAUAUGGAUAUCCUUCUCAAGGUCAGUCAUAGCAUGAGAAUCAUACAAUUCACAGUUCACCCUUCUUGGGAUUAUUACUUUCAAGGGGUAAAACAUUCAUUAUGGAGUUUAAGAGCUGCAAUAAAAAUAUUCUCUGGCACGUUUAAGGAGGAUUCCAUCCCAAAACUUGUGACAGUUCUUGAUCUAUAUGAAUAUUAUGCACAAUAUGCAUCUGCUUGGCUUCAGAGAAACUUGAAGGGUCUCGUUCUCAUGACACAAUCCCUCUUCAAUGGACAUACACCUUAUGAAGUUGAUGUGUUGAAUGUAAAGAAGCUUUUUCACCAGGUUUCUGAUGUGGUGUUUCAGAAUAGAUUGACUGAGGAUGUGGGGAACCAACUUCAGGUUUUUGCAGGUGAGCAUGGUGGAAACGUUUCACAUUCAAUUCCAGAGGAUGAGAGAUGUCAUAUUAUAGGGGCUUGUUUGUGGCAGCACAUGUCCCUAUUCAUGAAACACAAAUUGGGUUCAAUAUCUGUCAAGCUUGAUGAAAAUUAUACUUCUGGUAUUUUCCAUGGAAAACGUUCUGCAUGGGCACCUUUCUCAACAUCAGAUAGCAACGUAAUAGCAGAAAAGCUCAGGUUGCUGUCAUGGACAAUGGCUAUGGUGCUAAAAACUGCACUCCAACAUGUAUCUUCUUAUCACAUAAAACAACUAGCAUUGCAACUGCAGCAGAAAGUAGAGAAUGAAUUUGACCCUUGCACUCUUGUAUGGUUAGAAGAAUCUAGACCAUCUCCAGGUGCCAUAAAUCAGCAUCUAAGUCAGGGGAUUGUCAAUGAAGUCACAACUAACAACACUGAUGAAGGAUCCAUUUCUAAAAUGUUAUGGGAUACAUGUGCUGAUCCUAAUAUGAUAUCAGAAAGUUUUGUGCAAGAAAAGAUAAAUUGGUCAAGUUAUUUUCUUCUUAAGCCUUCCAAAGAAUGGAGUGACGUGCACAAAAGCACCAUGGGUGAACAUGAAACUGAUGAUUGUUAUAAAAAUGAAGGCAGGCUAAACAACAGCUCUGCCAGUUCUGAACUUGGAUCACCUUCUAGGAGUGUGUUUCAAAAUGGCCAUACCUCUAUAAGUCCCUGGGCGAAAGAUUCAAACGUUGAAAAGGAGAUCUCACUUUUCCAUAACCCUAAAGAAGUCUACAGGAGAAAUGGGGAGCUUUUUGAGGCAUUGUGUGUCAACUCCAUUGAUCAACGCCAGACUGCACUUGCAAGCAAUAGAAAGGUCAAUCACUAAAAGACUAAAGGUUAAACCCCCAAUUUGGUCCCUCAAUUAUUGUACGGACCCCCGAUUUGGUCCCUAAACUAAAAAAAUCCAUGAUUU